AUGCCGUCACAUGAUGAAUUUCAUUUCGUUCAUUCCUCAGAACAAUCAACUUUGGAAGGUGCUAUUGAAGGGGGACAAAAAGAUACACAUACAUUGAGUCCAGGUUAUGGAGUCCGUCAUCGAGGUUUUGCUGGAAACUUUCUGGAAUCUAAAGGCUUUGGCUGGCUCAUGGAAGAAGAUGACACUGAAAAUCAGCAACAGAAACCAUUACUGGAAGAAUUGGAUAUUGAUCUAAAGGAUAUUUACUAUAAACUGCGUUGUGUUCUCUUCCCCUUGCCUCAACUUGGCUUCAACAGGAAGAUUGUUCGAGAUAAUCCAGAUUUUUGGGGUCCACUUGUCGUCAUUCUACUCUACUCUUUAGUUUCCCUCUAUGGUCAGUUUACGGUUGUUUCCUGGAUUAUCACAAUUUGGGUUUUUGGGUCUUUGAUUAUUUUCUUGCUUGCCAGAGUUCUUGGUGGUGAGGUAACAUAUUCUCAAUGUCUUGGUGUAAUUGGUUAUUCCGUGCUGCCUUUGGUCAUUAUGGCUUCCAUCAUGCCUUUGGUGCAGUCCUUUUCAAUUGUCAGUACACUCUUCAAGUUGAUUGGUGUUGUGUGGGCUGCAUACAGUGCUGGAUCUUUGUUGUGUGUUCAGGAAUUGCAGCAGAAAAGACCUUUACUUCUCUAUCCAGUUUUCCUUCUUUACAUUUAUUUCUUCUCUCUCUACACUGGAGCAUGA